UAAGUAUAAAAUUUCCUUAAAAGUGUAAACAAAUCAAGGGCGGAAUGCAUUACUUUAAUUAUAAAUUCUUAAGGAGGUAAUUAUGCAUAAUGUCAUUCUUUAAGAAAAAAUAUUACCCUUUUUUCUAAAAAACAUGAAAUUCCAUUAUAUUGUUUUGCAGAAGGAAACGCCACAUGCGGUGGAUAUUACGUUUUAAGUUCAGGUAAAUAUUUAUUUAAGUAACAAAAAUAUUAAAAAACAUGAAAUAAGGUGAUAAUGUAUAUGCAAAUCCUGGAAGUUUUAUUGGAAAUAUUUCAGAAACAUUAAUAAAUAUUGAUGCUUCUGAAUUUUUAAAAUAAAAUAAUAUUGAAAAUAGGGAAGUAUAUUCGAAUAACAAAGCUACUGGUCAUUUAUUAAAUUGGAGAAAAUCAAAUAAUGAAGAAGGAAAAUAAAAUUAAUUAAAUUAUGUAGAAUUUUGUGCCGAAAAAGUAUUUAAUGAUAUAAAAAAUUAACGUGGGGAUAAACUUAAGGCUGAUUAUGAUUAAGCUUUAAAAGUACAUACCUCCUCAUAAGCUUUAAAUUUAGGUUUAAUUGACAAUAUUGGAACUUAUGAAUCUAUUCUUAUUUAAAAAUUCCCACUUGCAAAUAUUAAAUAUUCUGGUCAUAGUAGAUUUAGUAUGCUUUCUAACUAUUAACAAGAUUUUAAAAAUAAAAAAUUAAUUCCUAUUUCAUUUCUUAUUGGACUUUUUGGACUUAAAAUAAUUAUUAAAUAUUUAAUUAUACUUAAGGUUAUUUAGACCUAUUUGUUUUCUAGUUCAUAAUAAUGAA